UUGUGCUUAUUUUUUCAGAGGUUAAAUAUUGAUAGUAAGCCAAUAAAAGGCUUUCUCCUAGAUGUCAACGGUGUGUUAUAUGACAAUGACCCAAAUGGGGUUGGAUGUGUGAUCCCUGGCUCGGUUGAAGCAUUUAAUAGAUUGUAUGUUGAAUCUCAGAUUCGAUUGGUCACAAAUCAAAGCAUGUGUACUCGCAAACAUUUAGCCGAAAAGUUGAAAAAACUAGGAUUUCGUGUUAAUGAAGAACAUAUAUUUAUGCCGGUUCCAGAAGCAAAACGAUACAUCAAAACUCACGACUUGAGACCACAUAUUUUUGUGCAUAAUGGUAUUGCGGAAGAUUUUAAAGAUUUGGAUACAUCGAAUCCGAACUGUAUUCUCAUGGGUGAUGCUCAAGAAGGAUUCACUUAUAAAGCAUUGAAUACUGCUUUUCGAAUCUUGCAUAAGAUGAACCAUCCUUUGAUUAUUACUUUAGGUUGCGGAAAAUUUUAUCAAAGAAAAGAUGGACCGUGUAUUGAUGUCGGUAGUUUCGCUCGGGUUCUAGAAUAUGCUUCUAAUGCACAAAUAAUUGCCAUAGGGAAACCAAAUGAACAAUUCUUCAAAGCUGCUAUAGAAGAUAUGGGUUUAACGACUGAUGAGGUGGUAAUGAUAGGGGACGAUAUUGUAUCUGAUAUUGGUGGAGCAAUGAAGGCUGGAAUCAGAAGUGUGCAAGUGCGUACAGGCAAGUGGAGGUAA